AUGAGCAACAUUGGUGUGGCACGAUCGUCUAUAAAUCUUGUUAGUCCUCUCACUCUAUCUUCCCCUAUCAAUAUUGGUGGUCCACAACUGGAAAGAGAUCAAAAACACUUCCCAUUUUCAAGGAGUACCAUGGAUUUAAAAGAAGUGGAACGAAAUAAUAAGGAUUUAGUUGUACCCUCAAACCGAACAGAUGACCCUUUCAAGGAUUUUCCUGCAACUACCGAUGUAUUAUCAUGCAAAACCAAAGUGAAUGAAUUAGAAGUACAAAUAGAAUAUCUUAAAGACAUAGUUCAAAGGUUGAGUGACGAAAUGGCUAGGUAUCAGGUAAAAUAUCCGCCAAUUGUUUCAAGUGAUUCCGAAGGAGCUUGUUCUACGUUAAUUGCUCCAUGGUUUUACAACUCCCAACACAUGAACCCUCUUCUUGUAUCAUACGAUCACAGAAUCAUGGAAUUAACAAACGAAAUUAAACUCUAUAAGGAAAAAAUUGAAACAAUGACAAUUGAAGUAAAAGCAGUGUCAUCAGAAAAUGAAGAUCUUCAACAUAGUUUGAAAAAUAUGAUUGAAAAACAUCUGUCAAAACCCAAUGAGCCAGGGUCUUCGAUUCCUUUCAACAUUCCUACUGAAGAAUGGGACGAACUUCAACAGAGAGUUGAACUAUUAGACAGAGAAAACAAGUUGUUAUUGGAGGAGCAAAGAGAGCUUCAAAAUGAAAUUGAUCGAUUGAGAAACGAAAAUAGAAGACCAUAUGUUGAGUCAUCAUUAUCUUCGACAGAUUCUGAUAGAACUCGUUUAAUGCUGGAAAGUGCAAAAAAAAAAAUUUCAUCCUUGCAAAGAGAAAAAGAAGAUUACCAAAGAGAGAUUAAAAGGGCUAGGCAUUUGGAAUCUGUUGUUGGUGAUUUAGAAAGAGCACUAAGUUCCAGUAAUCAGAGAUGUAAAUUGUUGGAUGAAGAAUUAGAAAAACAUAAAUGCUUGAUAGACGACUUGAAUCAUGAAAGAAAGCGAUUUUUCCAAACAGAAAAAACCAUCAAUUACAAGGAUAUAGAGAUGACAGAACUUCGUGACAAGUUGACAAUAGCACUCAGGGAAGGAGAUGAAAUAAGGGAAGAAAAAAAUAAGAUUUUACAUGAAAUAAGCCAAAUGGAGCAGAGAAUAGUUGCUUACCAACAGAGUGAAUUUGAAGCUUUACAAAAAGUGAAGGAAACUAUGGAGUUACUUGAAACAACAAAACUAGAAAGAGAUACUGCUAGAACAGCUAUAAAGAACAAAGAACAGGAAAUUGAAAGGUUAGAAGAAAAGAAUAAGAAGCUUUCUAAUGACUAUUCUGAAAGGUUUAAAAAAUUGUCUUCACAUUUUCAAGAAAAACACAAGGAAUCACUCCAAGCUUUGGAAGAUCAACUAAAAAUAUUACAAAUAGAGAAUGGCCAUUUAAAAUCAGAUGUAGACAGGUUAAAAAGAGAGAAAAAAACAACUGAGAAUGAGUUGACCAAGGUAAUUAAGGCUGCCGAGACUGAGCAAUUAAAUUCACCAUUUGUUGUUAAUGAUUUAAACCAACAGAUUAACCAUUUAACUAAUGAGAGAGAUGAAUCAGAGAGGAUGUACGAAAGAUUAAGAAACUCUCAUAGAAGAGCUCAACAACAAUGGGAGCAGGAGCGAGAACAAUUGAAUGCAAGAUAUCUUGAGUUACAAAAAAGAGUUUCAUCAAUUGAAUCAGAAUCCGAGGAACAAAGACAAAACAACAUAAGAUUAAACGAACAAAUCAAUAGACUUGAGCAACAAUGCCAAAAUGUUAAGUUUGAAAAAGAAGAGGUUGAAAGAUCAUUGAAAGACUCGAUACGAACCCAACAAGAACUUUCAUCUCAUGAUACAAGAGAUCUAAGGAAAAAGCUUGCUCUAACUUUAGAGGAAUAUAACAGAGCAGAAAACUCAUUACACCAACUCAAUAUGAGACAUCAAAAAGAACAAUUGCAGUGGAGAGAAGAGUUUAGUAAGUUUAAGGAAAAAAAGGAUAAGGAAGUACACGAUUUGACAUCAAUUGUUGAGCAAUUAACAAGAAGAAACCAAGAAAUGGAGGGUAAAAUCAAACUCCUUUUAAAGAAAGAAGAAGAACUUCUUAAUCAAAAGAAAGACCUUCAUAUCAGAGCUGACAAGUUAACAAUAUAUCUGGAGAGAAUGAAAAGAGAAAGAGAUAUGCUCGCAAAACACAUGGAAGGGAAGAUUACAGAUAUUAGUUUUGGUUUUGAGUAG